AUCAAAUACCCCGGGUCUGACCCCUCCAGAUUGUGCCAACUCAGCGGGGGCGACAAGGUUGCGCGUGCAUGGCUGCGCCGCGUCCGCUGGCGUGGAAGAGGAGCUCGAGGCACGCGUGCCAAGGCCGGAGCUUCGUCACUCAGGGCGCCCUCCCCAUAUAUCGAUCGCUGUUAGCUCCCAGAGUAUCCCCAUCGUGUCGCCCGACCCAGGCAGCACCUCCCACGGUCUCUGCAUUCUGUCGCCCUUGUCUGCGGCAAUUGUCCCCCACGCGCUCCUUCCUAACCAUCUUUUGGCGUACCUUCCAACUUGCGUGCACCGCGAACGCCCCUGCCCGUGCAAUAGCUGGCCCAGCGCCGCACCCACGGCAACACCAUGUCGCUCUACGGCGGGUCUUCACGCAAUGUGGACAUGGGAAAGCAGGAACAAGACCUUGCCAUCAACAUCCGCAAGGCAACGAGCAUCGAAGAGACGGCGCCCAAACGCAAACAUGUGCGCAGCUGUAUUGUCUAUACAUGGGACCACAAGAGCUCAGCCUCUUUCUGGCAGGGGAUGAAAGUGCAGCCUAUUAUGGCCGACGAAGUCCAGACAUUCAAAGCGCUCAUCACUGUUCACAAAGUCCUCCAGGAAGGUCAUCCAGUAGUCCUUAAGGAGGCGCAGGCCAACAUCCAAUGGCUCGACAGUCUGCAGCGCGGCACUGGUGGCGGCGACGGCCUCAAAGGCUACGGACGCCUUAUCACCGAAUAUGUCUAUUACCUCCAGGCCAAACUGGCCUUUCACAGACAACACCCAGAGUUCAAUGGCACGUUCGAAUACGAGGAAUACAUUAGUCUGAAGUCAAUCAACGACCCGAACGAGGGCUACGAGACAAUCUCGGACCUAAUGACAUUACAAGACCAAAUAGACCAGUUCCAAAAACUGAUCUUCUCCCACUUCCGAAGCGCAAACAACAAUGAAUGCCGCAUCUCAGCCCUGGUGCCACUCGUACAAGAGAGCUAUGGCAUCUACAAAUUUAUCACAAGCAUGCUCCGCGCAAUGCAUACCACCCUUGGUGAUGAUGAAGCACUUUCUCCCCUGCGUGGCAGAUAUGACGCUCAGCAUUAUCGUCUCGUCAAGUUCUACUACGAGUGCUCCAACCUGAGGUAUCUCACAAGCUUGAUCACGGUACCGAAACUGCCGCAAGACCCACCCAACCUCCUUUCUGAGGACGACACAGCGCCUGCAUUGCCUGCGCGCCCCAAGGUGGCUGAAGACAUAGCUCCGCCGCCACCACGCGCACAAUCUGUCGAUCCCGAACCCAUUAACGAAUUCUGGAAGAAUGAUCAAAAGAGGCAACAGGAGGAAUAUGAAGCUGAGCAGCGACGAUUGCAGGAUCAGUGGGAAGCAGCUCAGCGGCAGCAGCAAGAGGCACAAAUGCGCGCACAACAAGACUUCGAGGAACAACAGCGACUUCAGGCAGAACAGGCUCGCUUGGCUCAAGAGCAAUUGCUGCGCGAGCAGUACCAGCAGCAGACUCAAGGGCGUCUGGCCGACCUGGAGCGGGAAAACCUGAACGCACGUGCGCAGUACGAGCGCGAUCAGCUCAUGCUGCAACAAUAUGACCAGAGGAUGAAGGCCUUGGAGGGCGAAAUACAGCAAAUGAACCUGAACUUCCAGCAACAGAUGGGUUCACGGGAUGAUCAGAUCAAGGCGCUGCAAGAGCAACUCAACACGUGGAGGUCAAAAUACGAAUCUCUAGCCAAGCUGUAUUCGCAACUACGUCACGAACAUCUUCAGCUUCUGCAAAAGUUCAAGUCUGUCCAGCUAAAGGCCAAUUCCGCACAAGAAGCCAUCGAUGCGCGAGAUAAGCUUCAACGCGAGCUAAAGACGAAGAACCUAGAGCUCGCUGACAUGAUCCGUGAGCGUGACCGAGCAAUGCUGGACAAGGAUCGUAACAGUGGAGGCCACAAAGAAGAGCUCGAGAAACUAAAACGCGAACUUCGCUUCGCUUUGGAAAGAGCGGAGAAUGCAGAGCGAGGCAAAGGUUCCGAGCUGUCGGCUAUGCUCUCGAGACACAACCGGGAGAUUGCCGACCUCGAAGAAGCUCUACGUAACAAGACUCGCGCGCUAGAAGACUUCCAGAUGAAAUAUCGGGAAGGCGAUUCAGAUCUCGAACGGCAACUCCGCGAAAAGGAAGAAGAGCUGGAGAUCUUCCGAGCGGGCAUGGACCAGACCCUGCUGGAACUGAACGAUUUGAAGUUAAACCAGAAUGCCAAUGACAAUGUAUUGGAUGGUCACCUUGAUGAGCUUAUUGCCCAGAGUCUCUCAAAGAUCAACGAUAUUAUCGAUUCGGUCCUCCAGAGCGGAGUACAGCGGGUGGAUGACGCCUUGUAUGAACUCGAUUCAUCCAUGCACGCCGGAAAUCAAAACGCUUCUGGCGCUUUCGUUCUCUCGCAAAUCGAAAAGGCGUCUACAUGUGCCAUGGACUUCGCUACAGCUUUCAACGGCUUCAUCGCGGACGGCCCGAACGCUACGCAUGCUGAAGUAAUCAAGACAGUGAAUGCAUUCGCUGGUGCGAUUGGCGAUGUCUUGAGUGAUACCAAAGGUCUUACCAGGUUCGCUUCAGAUGACAACAAGGCGGACGCUCUUGUCAACGCUGCGCGCCAAUCUGCAACAGCAACAGUCAAGUUCUUCCGCAACGUCCAAUCUGUACGUCUGUAUGAUCUUGAUGCGGAUGGCAAAUUCAACGUCGUUGUAAAUAACAACGCUGAAGUCCUUCGCAAUCUCCAAAGCCUGUCGAAACUGGCAGACGCAUUCGCGCCGAAGAGCAAGAUCACCAACGCAUCCGGAGAUCUUGGUGAGUUGGUCGAGGACGAGCUUACAAAGGCUGCCAACGCUAUUGACGCUGCCGUCGAGCGACUGUCCAAGCUGAAGAACAAGCCACGAGAUCAAUUCUCUACCUACGAGCUUAAGAUCCAUGACUCGAUCUUGGACGCUGCGAUUGCUGUGACGAAUGCUAUUGCUCAGCUUAUCAAGGCUGCCACUGAAUCGCAAAAGGAGAUUGUUCGGGAAGGCAGGGGCAGCAUGACCCGCACCCAGUUCUACAAGAAGCAUAACCGCUGGACCGAGGGACUCAUCAGCGCCGCUAAAGCUGUUGCAUCGUCCACUAAUACGCUCAUUGAGACCGCUGAUGGCGUGAUCUCUGGCCGCAACUCGCCUGAGCAACUCAUUGUUGCAUCAAACGAUGUGGCCGCCUCAACUGCACAACUCGUGGCUGCCAGUCGCGUGAAGGCUAGCUUCAUGAGCAAGACGCAAGACCGACUCGAGAACGCAUCAAAGGCCGUCACUAGCGCUUGUCGUUCUCUGGUGAGGCAAGUUCAGGCCAUCAUUGCACAGAAAAACAAGGACGAAGGCGAAUCAGUGGAUUAUAGCAAACUCAGUGAUCAUGAGUUCAAGGUCCAACAAAUGGAACAGCAGGUGGAGAUAUUACAACUCGAAAACUCGCUUGCACAGGCUAGAUCAAGGCUGGGUGAGAUGCGCAAGUUGUCGUACCUCGAGGAGUAGAGCAUUUGUGGAGCGGGUGGGUGUUGGUUAUAGAGCUAUUUUUAUGCAUUCGAAAGCUGCGUCCGCAAGCUCUUUAGCGACCCAUUCACGUCGAACGGGUGGAUUCCUGUAAGAGUGUUCUUGUGCAUCAAUACCAUUUCAUUGGCUCAAGUUUCUGCUUGCUUCACACUUCACCUUGAGUCUAUGGUAGUGUAAUACUGCAAGAAUCCGAAGCUUGGGUGGCCGACCAUGCCUUGUAUUGUCUCCGCGGGCGGACAUAGACUCUUCUUGGCGAAGUAGAUCUAGUAGAUCUUCGAUAGCCUCGUUUGUACCAUGGAUGUACUAUCUAACAUAGGUACGCUCAUCUCUUCAAGACAAUUGUACGAGUGAAUCACUCAAGCAGCAUCACUGUGAUCAUCUAGCCGUAAUGCAUGCUCAUAGAGCAGUCUACUUUUGUAAGACUCAUAGGAGAAAUAUAAUCUCUACUUCAUG